AUGACUACAAAUUCACUUAUCCAAUUGCCGUUGGAGGUUUUAGCGAAUAUAGUGAUACAUUUAGAAUUAAAUGAUAUUCGUAACCUCAUGCUAACAUUUCCGACGGUAACAAGGAAUGAUAUACGAACAAAUGAUAUAUCAAGAUUUGUUGUUAGAGAUGGCGUCAUAGUAUGUGGUAAUAGAGAUGGAAAUGUUUCGGUGUAUGAAGUAAACAAAGAUAGACAAAAACCGAACUUAGUGAGCCAUAUAAAGAAUUGUCAUGAAAAUGGUAGCAUCGAAGUUUCAGCAGUUGAAAGAAUAUGCAACACCAUAGUGACAAUGUCACAAAAUACUCCUCUUAUAUGUUUUUGGAACUUUGAAGACUACAAAAGUCAUACAAACAAUAAAACAUAUCCAAAUUGGUCUUUUCCAGACAGUAUGAAAACCAUUGAAAUACCACACGCAAGAGGGUGCCGAUGUGUGGCUGUAAAUAAUUCUCGAGAUAAAUUGGCUAUUGGAUUGAACGGAAAUAGCAGACCUGUUAUAGUUGAUGUCAAUAUGAGAAUACCAAUAAUUCAUUCAGAAGAAACUAUAUGCUCACAACAUUUAACCAGAGACAUACAAUGGCAUGAUGAUAACAGUGUUGUCUUCGUUUCACAUUCUGGGAGACUUCAAAUGAUAGAUGUUAGAAGUAAUGAUUUGGCUUAUGAAACUACAGAUCCUUUCCUAUCAUCAUUAUUUUGUGUGAAAACUGAUUCUAACCACGCGGUGGUUGUUGGCUCAGCGGAAUAUUCUAGAUGCGUUCUAUUCGAUUUACGCUCCAAACAUCAUGUUCAGAUGUUUUUCACACAGAAAAAGUCGUCUUGUAUAUAUAGUUUAGACUUUGAUUCAACGAGGUUGAUAGCAGCUGCCGACCGUGGUGUCGCUGGUUUGAACUUUAAUGUAAAUCCCUCAACCACUCAGAUGCGGGACUACUCUCAGACCUUCGAAGUUAUUCAUGGAUGA